UUGACGUCGCCAUUCAUCCACGCGUGGUGUGUCGGCGUAUCGACCGACAGGUAGAGCGCCAUGGGCAACACGUGCAUGUCCGCCAAGUACGCCAAACAACGCCUUCCUAAAGCGUCCCACACGGACGACGAUGACGGCUCGUUUACCCGCGACAAGCCCAUGAUUAGCACGACGUUCUCGGACCCACUAGAAUCGAACCAUGCACCACCACCAGCAAGAACGUCGCUGCUGAAAGAGUACCCACCACACCCUCACACGAUGAAUGAAUCAUCUGUCGCAGACGCCAUUCGAUGUCUUCGUGACUCGGCGGAUCUGAAAACGCUGUCAACGCUCGCUGCAGUGACGCAUCAACCAGGCCCGACACGGAAAUUCUCCCUUCUCACGAGCGAUCUCCCGGACAACUUACCUCGGCCAUCGGCUCGCUUGUUUAAACUCUCCCCAGAUACCGUCGCUCCAUCGUCAUGUCCAUUUCCCCUGUCGGCUGUCGUGGUGCAGAGCCCUGACCGCACCCCGCCGUGUACGACGCACGUCACGUCGCACGCCAACCUCCGCGACAUUGAAGCAUCGUCCCACGACACGAUACGCCAGACGAAGGAAAACUUGGACCUGCUUCGGCAGAUUCAAGCCAUGCACGAUGAAGCGGCGCGCCUCAGCCGCACGUCUUCAUCCGUGUCUGAUCAAUCAAGUAAGAUGUCGGCAUCCAGUGACGCCCGGUCGAACUCGUCGACAAUUUUGCAUCAAGUCCCUAUUACGCAGCCAGUCCGGCGAUCGUCGGCCACGUCGUCGUCCGGUGCAUCUGCUCGCGCCUCUGUGAUAAAUGCCGCCCCUUCCGAGCCGCGGUCGCCGUCGUUUGGAAUUUCCACGGCCCCGAUUGUAGUGUCACCUGCGCCAUCGGUCGCACUCGACGAUCGGUCGUCGUCACUCUUUGUUGUCGGCGGUGCAGACCACGUCAAUAGGUAUAGUGUCGGUGACAGGAGCUCUGGAGGCAUCCCGAUGCUCAGUGAGCGCGGCGAAGAAGCAAUUGAAGGCCACAAGCCGUCCAUUUGCUUUUCGUCCCCUCGGUCGUCAUGCCCGGUGAUCGACACCGACAUGACCCGCGACGAUUCGUUUGUGUGUUCGCCGUCGUCACGCUCGAUCGCGAGUCCGACGAGCAACCCCAGCCACUCGUUCUCGAUGAGUCCCCGCGCCAACUCGUUCAAUUUUGCCGUGCGACCCACUGCCCUCAGUCUCGAGUCGCUCCGAUUCACCCAAACGUCCGUCGACUUUGGACGUGACACUGCUGCCUUCGGCAUGCGAGACACGUCCGCAUCCUUUGGCGGCGCCUUUCGAGACACAAGGUCCUCCAUGGCGUUCGACGUCGGACUGUAUCUGUGACCGUGUUGCGUGUUCCUAAUAAGUUAUUCCCGUGAGCUUGAGCAUGUCGUCUCUGGCUCCCCAUGGCCAAGCGAGUUGUGUCUCGCCAACGACGGCUCGCUCGAACUAAAGACA